GGGAGCGAGAGGAGUGAUUGACGUGGCGGCCAUUUUGCCGCUGGCCGCUCGGUUCCCAUUGUGUGUGAUAGUAAAUACUGACAGUGCCAGGCAAAGCUCUGCACAUAUUUCACUGCGACAAAUUAAACACAUUUGGUGAAGCAGAUUGAGGUAACAUGGCCCGUACCAAGCAAACUGCCCGCAAAUCCACAGGAGGAAAGGCUCCUCGUAAGCAGCUGGCCACUAAAGCGGCCCGUAAAAGUGCUCCCUCUACUGGAGGCGUGAAGAAACCUCACCGCUACAGGCCCGGUACAGUGGCUCUGCGUGAGAUCCGUCGGUACCAGAAGUCUACUGAGUUGCUGAUCCGUAAGCUACCCUUCCAGCGUCUGGUGAGGGAGAUCGCUCAGGACUUCAAAACGGAUCUGCGCUUCCAGAGUGCUGCCAUCGGGGCCCUGCAGGAGGCCAGUGAGGCGUACCUGGUGGGUCUUUUUGAGGACACCAACCUGUGUGCCAUCCAUGCCAAGCGUGUCACCAUCAUGCCCAAAGACAUCCAGCUGGCACGCCGUAUCCGUGGAGAGCGCGCCUAAUCACUCAUUGUUCUGCUCCUAACAUCCUUUCUGUCACUCUCUCUCUAUUUCUCUCUGUCUCUUUGUCUCUGUCUAUCUCCACUUGUCUCUCCCCUUCUUUCUUGGUAGAGUUUAGAAUAUCUGCGACGGGGAGGCCAAUGUGUUUCAGUCUAUUAGUGCUGUCUCACUGACGCGUAGGGUACCUGUAUGUGCAUGUAACAGAUGCUUCUGAUCUCACACACACACACACACACAUACACACACAAACCUAUAUAAGAGUCGGAGCGUAAACGAGGUCCACCCUUGCCCAGCUUGGGGUUUGAACACACACAGCUUGAGGGAAGGUGGAAUCUGGGGUUAGUCUGCUUAAGGGGAGCAGCAACUUCCACAGCAGGGUGCUACUAAAACUGCCCCAGACCACCUUCACUUAUCUGCCCUUAUCCACCCCUCAGUCACCUUGAAAUCAUCUACUUACCUUUACAUGCCCUCUCAGACCCCUAUACUUGACUUACCUAAUACUUACACACCUGAGAAAAUCUCUGCUUACUUGGAUCCACCUCAGAAACCCCCCUACAAUUUUGAAACCCACCCUGCUGCCCUUUUAUUGCACCCGUGUGUGCACCCACAUGUCCGUCUCCCCCAGCCCAAAGGUGUUUGUUUGUGUGUGUGCGUAGGAUCAGCAAAGCAGAAAUUGUAUUCAACUGCAAACCAGCAUCUAUUGGUUCUAAAGUUGUUACUUAUAAUAUUGAUGAUUACUAUUAUUGUUAAUGGUGUUUUUCUUUUUUUUUUUUUCUUUUCUUUUUUCUAUGAUGCGUCGUCAUAAAUUGUUUUACCACUGUUAUGGGACAAAAAAAAAAGCAAAAUGACAAAAAAUUUGAAUGAUUAAUACUUUGUGGGGUUUUAUUUUUUCCCAUAUUAUUUUUAUUUGUAUUAUUAUUUUCCAUGUUUAUUGCCGAUCCUGCUCCUCCUGUUCUAACUUUCAGGCAGCCACAGGGGGGCGCUCUAAACCAGCCUCUCAUUCACUCUCACUGUUCUUCACACGUUCUUCUCUCAGUUUCGCUUCUCCCUUUUACCUCUUUCUCUGUCCCUCCUUUUUUUCCCCCUCUCUCUUUCUCCUCAGAUCGGCAUUCGUCAAGAAUUGUAGCAAAAAAAAAAAAUCACAUUUAGUUUUCGGAGUGUUUUGCUCUCUUCGUGUAGAUUCUCUCGCUCUCUCGUGAUACACAUUAUACCUUCAUGUUCCUGUUUAUUUUUCUUAUUCAGAAAUUUAAAUGAGCUGAUCUUUGUAUUUUCCAAAUUUCUCAUACUAUGGUGGUAAUAAAUAGAUGUUACACAA